AUGCAGACUGCUUCUACAAACAUUUGUAAAAUUACGGGUUGCUCUCAGGAGCUCAGUGAAUUCAAGCAAGGUACCGUGAUAAGUUGCCACCUGUGCAAUAAGUCCAUCCGUGAAAUUUCCUUGCUACUAAAUAUUCCACGGUCAACUGUUAGUGGUAUUGUAACAAAGUGGAAGCAACUGGGAACAACAGCAACUCCGCCACGAAGUGAGCGGGGUCAGCGCAUGCUGAAGUGCACAGUGUGCAGAAGUCACCAACAGUAUGUGGAGUCAAUAGCUAUAACUUUGUGUGGCCUUCAGAUUAGCACAACAGCAGUGUGUAGAGAGCUUCAUGGAAUGGGUUUCCAUGGC